UUUAACAUAGCCUGGCAACCCCAAUCCAGCAACGCCGAGUCGAAGCAUGUUUUCAUACUUUUUACCGGGCAAAAUGUACUUAAUUAUAUAAUUCAGCGGCACCUGCAGCAAUGGAUCCCACGGACACCACCCAGCGGAAGCCCAGACGCACCCACGGCACACCAUCCUAUACAUACCGCAAUCGAUUCGCCUACGCACUCCUGGCUGCCGGAACUGUGCUUUUCGGCAUUUGGAGCGUGACUCCCAUCCAGCGCAUUGCCAACGAGAAACUGUCCCAGGCGGUGGCCCAAACGGAACAGGAGCGCGAUAGAAAAGGACUCUUCCAGUUCGGCGCUCCAAGGACUUCGCAGUUCAUCAAGCAGGCCAUCGAGGAGAGCGAGGAGCAGAGGAACAAAUAA